ACUUCGGGUGAUCAAAACAGAUGGGAACCAGUUCUUUGGUGGGGGUGGUGGCUUGGUGUGUCAAGUGGUACCCCUGCUUGAGGUGUUUAAUAAUUCUGGGAACUUGUACAACAAUGCCAUAGCACCAACAAUGGGUGCCUGCAAGAGCUUGGUGCAUUAUUCCUCCAAAUGUGAUCAUGUGGGGCCUAUUCCAUCGGAGCUUGGACUGCUCUCCAGUCUACAAAGUUUUGACAUUGAAGGAAACAGCCGCAUGACAGGAACAAUACCCUCCGAGUUGGGUUUGCUGACAAGCUUGUCUUCCUUGGAUCUUGCUGGAACUUCCAUUACAGGACCCAUUCCACUGUCCCUCUGUGACAGAGCAGUGGAUGGGACUCUGCAAAUCAAAGCCAACUGCAGUCUGGUACAGUGCUGCAAAUAAACUUAUCUCAGGCACGAGGCCUUGCUUUUCUGUUGCACGUGAGAGCUGGAUGGUUCUGGAGUUCAAUCCAGCAACAAUAGCAGCGGGCUGGCCUGGCUGAAUGGUAGAGUCGUAGGUAUCAUACAUUCUAUACUAGCUAACUAACUACCGGUA